GAUGUGUUGACAGGUUUUGCUCCUCCUCUUCUGGAUGUAGCACAGCGCAAGCACCGCCUCGUCCUGCCUCUCAACAACUGCUUACAACACGGUUAUGAAAAGACGAGCUUUUGAUUCACAUUAACAGUAGACUUCAAGCUUCACUCGAGUAGCUACUGCAGCGAUUUUUUUGUCUUAUUGAUAUUUCCUGAAGUGAUCGCGGUUUCCAGCGCUGCCUGUGCACUUGAGCUUUUGUGCGUUGACGGAAGACCCAGAACUGACACAUUUAAUGAUGACGACAUCAUGGAGUGAUCGACUUCAGGACUAUGCAGAUCUCCCAGCAAACAUGGAUGGCCUGGCAAUGAAGAAAUACAGGAGAGAGGCCUACCAUAGAGUGUUUGUGAACAGAAGUCUGGCCAUGGAAAAGAUUAAAUGCUUCGGCUUCGACAUGGACUACACUUUAGCAGUAUAUAAAUCACCUGAAUAUGAAUCUUUGGGCUUUGAUCUGACUGUGGAGCGGCUGGUCUCCAUUGGCUACCCACAGGAACUGCUCGGUUUUGUUUACGACCCCACUUUCCCUACAAGAGGUCUUGUGUUUGACACCAUGUAUGGCAACCUCCUGAAGGUGGAUGCUUACGGAAACAUCCUGGUCUGUGUCCAUGGCUUUAACUUCCUGCGAGGCCCUGACAUCCGAGAGCUCUAUCCCAACAAGUUUAUCCAGCGUGAUGACACAGAACGCUUCUACAUCCUCAACACACUUUUUAACCUUCCAGAAACAUACCUCUUAGCCUGCCUGGUUGACUUCUUCUCAAACUGUGACCGAUAUUCCAGGGGGAGAGAGCUUUCCUGUUUGGCUCGGACAACCUCAAACAAGGGAAGACUCUGUGAAACAGGCUUUAAGGAUGGAGAUCUCUUCAUGUCCUUCAAGAGCAUGUUCCAAGAUGUCCGAGAUGCUGUAGACUGGGUACAUUUUAAGGGAACACUGAAGGAGAAAACAGUGGAAAACCUGGAGAAAUAUGUUGUGAAAGAUGCAAAGUUGCCAUUGCUGCUGAGCCGCAUGACUGAAGUCGCCAAAGUUUUCUUAGCCACCAACAGUGACUACAAAUACACAGAAAAAAUUAUGACAUACUUGUUUGACUUCCCACAUGGCCCAAAGCAUGGCACUCCACACCGUCCGUGGCAGUCGUACUUUGACCUCAUCCUAGUGGAUGCUCGAAAGCCUUUAUUUUUUGGAGAAGGAACGGUUCUGAGACAGGUGGAUACAACCACAGGGCGACUGAAAAUAGGAACAUACACUGGACCUUUACAACAUGGCAUUGUUUACUCUGGAGGUUCCUCUGACACUGUGUGUGAUUUGCUCGGAGCAAAAGGGAAGGAUAUUGUGUACAUUGGGGAUCAUAUUUUUGGAGACAUUCUUAAGUCCAAGAAGCGACAGGGAUGGCGGACAUUCCUGGUGAUUCCUGAAUUGGCUCAGGAGCUGCAUGUUUGGACAGACAAAAGCUCUCUAUUCGAGGAACUGCAGGGUUUGGACAUUUUCUUGGCAGAACUAUACAAGCAUUUGGACAGCAGCAGCAAUGAGAGGCCAGAUAUCAGUGCCAUCCAGAGAAGGAUGAAGAGAGUGACCCAUGACAUGGACAUGUGCUACGGGAUGAUGGGAAGCCUGUUUCGCAGUGGCUCUCGGCAGACUCUGUUUGCAUCUCAGGUGAUGCGUUACGCUGAUCUGUAUGCUGCCUCUUUCAUCAACCUGCUGUACUACCCCUUCAGCUACCUGUUCAGAGCCGCCCAUGUGCUGAUGCCCCAUGAGUCCACAGUGGAGCACGCCCACGUAGACACUGAGACAGAGUCUCCACUGGCCACACGCAACCGCCACUGUGUGGACUGCAAGGACAUCGACUGCAAAAGAAACCAGCUCACACGCUCCAUUAGCGAAAUCAAACCGCCCCACCUGUUCGCUCAGCCGCCACAGGAAAUCACACACUGCCACGAUGAAGAUGAUGAUGAAGAGGAGGAAGAGGAGGAGGAAGAGUAGAUGUUUUUGGCCUAUUCUAGGGUAAAGAUUCAUAGGAUGAUGAUGAUGAUAGAGUGAUGAUGAUGAUGAUAUCGAGUGAGGUAGAAAAGGAGGAGUGAAAGUAUGAAGUAGACUAUAAUUGCCAAACCAAGCUCAAAAAGCUGUUCAUAGUACCAGAGUUCAGUUCACCCUCCAGUAAAGAUGACUAAAAAGAAUGAACGAAGGUUUGUUCAAAAGAACGUCGGAUGGUAUCUGGAAUCGUUUAUCAGUCACUAUAUAUAAGCACAUGUGAUAAACAUCCAAUGGAAACGCAGCAGAAGGACACUCAUGAGUUUACACGAGAAUGUCAUGUAUGUAUCAUACAUGUAGCAUGUUGGCUAAAUCUUGCAUUAACUUUCAUACAAAGACUCGAACUCUGUUAGGACGAGUGUUCGUGUCAGUUAUUGGAUCCUUGCAGAUACACAACUUAGUUUUUAGGUUGUUAUAGUCAGAUUUUACUGUUAUUUUAUAGUUUUUAUCAGUUUAGACACAACUUUUGAGUAGCCAGUCCAUCCAGUCAGAUUAGCUUGGUUACUACCUCCAGCAAAGGCUGUAUCCAGUAAUUGUCCCUUUGAAAAAAGUGUGUGUCUGUGUGUGUGUGUAUGUUGGCAGAGUGUCUGUGUUGAAGUUCUGCAUGUGUUGGGAAUCUGAAUGAAGCACAGAAAAACCGAAUUGUGACGUGCGUGAGGAAAUGCGGCCAACACAAGAACCCUGUUACUUGGCAACAGCAUGUAGCUGCUUUUUUUUUUUUUUUUAAGAGGUUUGUUGUUAACCUCUUGUUUUUCAUCUUUUUUCAUGCAGACAUUUUGGCUAGUGCUACAGAGUAGCGAACAGAUUCCUCUCGUGUUAGGGUUCACAUAGACGCAAAAUGAGUCCGAACACACAGACACAUCAUUUCACUACCUGCUCUAAACGGUUAUGAUGUCACAAAAAAGAUACUGUAUUUUUAUACUAUAUAAGCUAAACAGAACGGUCUAGUUUUGUCUCAGUCGUUAUGUGCCAUUAAUAUCUGCCUGACAGAAGACAGAUGCAAACUAUUCAAACAUCAUAUAUACAGUAAGUGACCUUGAUAUGCAAAAAAAAACUUAUAAAAAACUGUGUUUUAUGGCCUGAGGAGCUUGUCGAGAUGUAUCGGUCAUUGAGAGAAUACUAGUAAAAUGAAGUUAACAGCUGGACAUUCUGAAACUGAGAAAGAGAGUGCUGUUGCUCUAGUGACUGUUUCUAUGGAAAUUAAUGUAGUCCUGGCUAAUGUUUGAACUCUGUUGAUGGUUUACUCCCAUGUGGACCAAAACGGUGUUGAGAAAUUGUGUUUUGAUUUAGCUUCAAGGAUCCCAUUAGACACUUUUAGGUGUCCCCACAAUAAGUAUGUGGAGUUUUUAAGAAAUGAAUGUCUUGAGUGUUACGGUGGUACACGGUUUAGGAAGCGGGUUUAGCUCUGGGAAGUAUUCCAAGUGCAUGAAACGGAUAGAUUAGGAUGGUUAGUGUGACUUUUAUAUACAUUAUUCUAAUAUAAUAGUUUGUAGGAUCUGAUUGAAUGAAGCUACCCAAUCCAUAGUGCAACAUGUAUUACUUGUAUGCAUAUUGUAACUGUAUGUUAUUUUUAUUUUAGAGAAUGUAGUUUUUCAUGGGUCUGACUGUCAGUUUUCAAAAGGGAAGACCAAGUAGGUCUUGUAGUAUAAAGGCUUGUGGUGAGGCACAAAAAUUGUUUUCUAGGUUUUCAAAUGUCUCUUUCAAAGAACCAGUUAAACAAGUUUAGAGAUAUUUUUAAACGUACAAAUUCAUUUUAUCUGUGUCGAUUUCCGUUUCGAUAUAGUUUAAAAUCAACUGGACAUCCUAAAAUGGGGCAGCUCUUUCAAAAUAUACCUUGUUCUUGGUCCCAGUCUUUAGAGACCACAGUUUAGAGAAAGUGUUUGUGUCCUGGUUGAAAAAAAAAAAAAAAGAUCCAGCAUUUCUCUUUCGUCUGUUUUCAUUAGCUUUUUAUACAAACUCAGUAUUGUAUCUUAUAUGGCUGGCUCCCUGGACAUGGAUUAAAACUAGUCCUGGGCUAAUUUGCACUGGUGUUGGCCGUUGUCCUUUUUAGUUGUCUAUGCAAGGGAAACUGGCUUAGAUUAUAUAAUAUAUAAUUAUAUAGGUUAAAUAGUAUAAUAGAAAAGGCAUUGAGUUUAAACAGUAUUCAUCCAAUUAUCCCAGUAGUCAUUAUCUUUGAUACCUCCUUAACGGGUGAAGAUCUCAUCGGUUUAGUUAUAGAUAGCAUUGUAUACAUCUGUUUCAACCAGUGUUUUCAUAUUAUAUUUUGGCAUAGUUUACAGUAUAGUUGUGUGUUAAACAUGCCAAUAACUUACUAAUAUACUGAGUUUUGCUCCUUUCUAUUUUUUACUUUUUCCUAAUUUCUGAAAUCUUUUUUUUUUUAGUUCAUGAUGAAGGCAAACAAUAUUUUUUUUUUCUGAUUUUUAUUAGCUUUCAGAUUCAAAGAUGCAAAACUGUUGUGUCUGUAAAAGAGAUCGAGCAAAAUAGCCAUGGCAUUUAUUAAUCCGAUUUCUUUUGUUUUGUUUGUUUGUUUAGGGCAUGUAAUUUCAUGUCUCAAAAUUUCAGUUUUGCUUCAUGAAUUAUGAUUUAUAGAGUUCUAAACUUAUACAAAUGGGAAAUUGCAUUGCAAUGUAAAAUAAAGAUAAUUUUCCUUAAAAAAAAUUCA